UUAACCACUCCUACGUGCCUACUCAAUUAAGACUACUGGAAGCAGAAGAGAGUAUAGUCAGAAUGAAGCUAUACAUCCUGGGAAUGCUGUUAGCCGUUGUGGUGGUGACGGAGUGUGGACACACAUUUAUGGGGACGAACGUCAUGCGGCGGCAGGCGCACCACGCCACAGUCAAGUUUGGCGCCAAUAUGUUUACCAAGCGGAUCGAGUAUGUCAACUACACGAUGCCUUACAGCAACAACCAGAGCAUUCAGGGUAUCCUAGCCUAUGACUUGACCAACAGUGGGGCCUCGGCCAACGUGACCAGCGGCGGCCUGGGCUACAACCACGUCACCCUGCGCUUGAAAAGCGACCGCAGCAAGAAACUGCAGUAUGACAUCUAUAUUUAUGUUUAAAAUGAUUUGAAAAUUAAUUAUAUUUUAUUUAUCCUUA